AUGAUGGACUGUUGGUCUGCUUCAAACGAGGUUGACGACGAGUAUGAAAAGCUUGUUCUUCGAAUGAAUCCUCCAAGAGUUUCAGUGGAUAACAACAGCAAUGAAAAGGCCACACUGAUCAAGGUGGAUAGUGCUAAUAAGCAUGGAAGCCUUCUGCAGGUUCUACAAGCUUUGAUUGAUUUGAAUCUGACUAUCAAAAGAGCUUAUAUUUCAUCUGAUGGGCAAUGGGUUAUGGAUGUUUUUCAUGUUGUGGAUGAAGAAGGAAAUAAGCUCCACCACAGUGAAGUCACCGAAAGAAUCCAGCAGUCACUGAGUGCAAGAGCAUUUAGCUGCCUUUCAUCUAGGCGAUCAGUAGAAAUCCAAGCUUCUCCGAACCACACUUCUAUUGAACUGAUAGGCAGAGACAGACCAGGUCUUCUCUCUGAAAUAUUUGCAGUAUUAACUGAACUCAAAUGCAACAUAGUUGCUUCUCAAGUCUGGACUCAUAAUUCAAGAAUGGCUUCUGUAAUCUACAUCACUGAUCAAACCACUCAAGGAGCAAUCGACGACCAUGAUCGAUUGGCCAAGAUUCAGAAUCUGUUCCACUAUGUCUUGAAGGGAGACAAGGAGAAACAAAGUGCCAAAACUGGAAUAUCUGCUGGAACAACUCAUAUGGAGAGAAGGCUUCAUCAGUUGAUGUAUGAGGAUGGAGAUUAUGGUAGAAAUGAUUUGAAUUUGGAGGAAGGGAAGGAUGGGAAGAUCAAGCCAGUUGUUACUGUGGAGAACUGUGUUGAGAGGGGAUAUACUGUGGUGUUUGUGAGAAGCAAAGAUAGGCCAAAGCUGCUCUUUGAUACAGUUUGCACUCUCACUGAUAUGCAGUAUGUGGUUUUUCAUGCGUCUGUGAUGACAGAAGAAUCAGAGGCUUAUCAGGAAUACUACAUUAGACAUACUGAUGGACGCCCUAUUAACUGUGAUGGAGAGAAGGAAAGACUUAUUAAUUGCCUUGAAGCUGCAAUAAAAAGAAGAAGCACUGAGGGAUUAAAGCUGGAGCUUCGAAGCAAAGAUCGAAUUGGGCUCUUAUCUGAUCUCACCAGAAUCUUUAGGGAGAAUGGACUUUCAAUCAUCCGUGCCGAGGUCUCUACGAGGGAGUCUCAAGUUCUAAGUGUUUUCUAUGUCACUGAUGCAUCAGGAAAUCCAGUUCAGAACCAGACAAUUGAAGCAUUGAGGAAUCAGAUAGGAGAGAGUGUUCUUUCUGUGAAGGAUAAUCAGUUGUCAAAAUCCACUUGUUGUAAGGAUAGAAGAAGGUUCUCUUUUGGAAACCUCUUUAAGUUCAGGUUUAAUAAAUUCUUGGUUGGCUUGGGUUUGAUAAGAUCUUGUUCUUAG